GAAUUAUGGCAUUGUCAAUUUAUUAAUGAACUCUGUUCACAUUGUUGUGUUUACAAUUAAAAUUAUAUGCGUAAAAUAAAUAAAAAGUUUUUGCAGAAUAAAUCCUAUUCAUAAUAAAGUUUGGUGUACCAGAUCAUUCUGUGGCUGAUAUAAUUAAAUUUAAAGGUAUAUGUUCAGUAUCGGGUAGCCGUAACUUAUUCCUCUAAAAACUUUACUAUGCCUCAUGAUUUAAAGAGCCUGGCUGCCAGGAAAGCACUGAUGGCUCCACUAUCGCCAACUCCAUGUGCAGAGAUCAGUGACGAUGAGCUGGUAUCUAUAUCAGUUCGUGACCUCAACAGACAACUUAAGAUGAGAGGGCUGACUCGAGAUCAGAUAGUUAGGAUGAAACAACGACGCCGCACAUUAAAGAAUCGUGGAUAUGCAGCCUCGUGUCGCAUUAAAAGAAUAGAGCAGAAAGAUGAAUUGGAAACUGAGAAAAGUCAGGAAUGGCAUGACAUGGAGUCAAUGCAAGACGAAAACAACAGGAUUCGUGAGGAAAUAGAAGCAUUGAGGUCCAAAUAUGAUGCCUUGAGACGAUUUGCUAGUAUGAAAAGUAUUCCUCUACCUAGCGAAUUAGAUAUUAUACCUUAGUACAUAAAAUAACUGUUGUGGUCUCUGGCAGAAUGACCAGCGCUGUGGAACACGUCUGCUCCACAGCAUAAUGCUGAGCCAGGGCCAGUUACAACCACAACACACACACAAUACACACUUAUAAUGUACCUUUAUAUUCUUUUCUUUUUCUUUUCAUAUUUUUUUUUGUUAUUUUUCCUUUUUAAAUAUUAUUUUGUGUUUCUGCGUGUGUCUGAGUCUAUCUCUAGUAAAAUUACUUAAUUGUAUAUAUUUUACCGGCAAUCAUAUGUUUGUAUGAAUACUGUGUUAAUUAUGAACUUUCUCAUAUAAAGCAGUUAUAUUGACUUUAGAAUUUUACGAACAAAUAUAGCUUUUAUAUGAGAAAAGAUUAUCCUUGUAAAUAGUUAUUCAAUGUUGAAAUACUUAUCAAAUGAAUAUAACGUGGAUUCAAUCACUAAGCACAAUGCUUAUACAUAUUUCGUAUUUAUGUUUGAUAUUUUUUAUAUAUUUUUUGUGGGUUUUUAUUUAAGGGUAUCUUAGCCUUCAUACAUAACUGUCUAUUAUGUACGUGAAAUAUUAAUGACACUUUUCUGUUUUACUUUGAAUUUAAAAUUGUAAAACCUAACAUAUUUUAUUUAAUUUACUAAUAAGUAUAAUAAUAAGUGAUGGAACAAUAUGAUACAAUGUUUACUUUUGUAAAUUAAAUAUAUAUUGUAUAAGUUUCAUGGGUUUGGUUUGUUACCUACUUGUACAAAAUCUUUAAUAUUUAGGAAUAAAAUUAGUAUAGUUAUUUUAUUAAAAUAAUUUAUUAUUU